GUAAAAGUCAGACGUAAUUUUGAUGCUGGUCGAGAUGCACGUUGAACGGUUGGUUAAUCAUUUCUAUUUUGUCCGCUAACCAGAUACGGUGGUGUGUGUGAAUGCUCAGCAAGGGCGACCGAAGAAUAAAUAAAAAGUAAGAGGCAAAAGAAGCAAGAGAAUUUUAUUCAAGCAGUUUCACAACUAGGCGUGGGUUUGUUCAGAUCUGUUCGGUUUCGCGGUGCUUGAACUGUGUUUAAAAAUUUUAGCCAAAUUUCAGUGCUAAUCCUGUGGAAUAUUUUGCUGGGCGAUUGUUUUCUGCGUGAUCUACCUGUUGGUCGUAUUUUUAGUGAGGUGUAAUCUGUAUUACCAAGGAUAAAAUCGAUUUUCGUACCGCUACCAGGAAGCCCAGUGGCAAUCGUGAAGUGACAAACACCGUCUUUGGCAGGAACAAGAAGAAGAAAUAAGUGGUCUCUGGUGUAUAAUUUGGAGGUGUUUGUGAACGGUGCCGUACGUAAAGUGUAAAUUAUGUCCCAGAAAACGAAAAGAUCCGGUGUCUCGACACCGAUUCCGGUAUCGGCCAGCACUCCCGUCCAGCAAAGCGGGUCCAGCAGCGCCCAUGCCGGACGACCGUCUAGCCCGCUGAGUCCGACCCGAUUCAGCCGGCUACAGGAGAAAGCUGAUUUGCAGAAUCUAAAUGACCGUCUGGCCUGCUACAUUGACCGAGUGCGCUUCCUGGAGCAGGAAAAUUCCCGCCUCACGCUCGAGGUACGAACCUCGCAGGAAACCGUCACCCGGGAGGUGUCCAACAUCAAGUCAAUGUAUGAACAUGAGCUUACGGAUGCCCGGAAGCUGCUCGAUGAAACGGCACGCGAGAAGGCCAAGCUGGAAAUCGACGCCAAGAGGAUAUGGGAAGAAAAUGAAGAUCUCAAAAAGAGACUUGAUCGCAAAACCAAGGAAGCCGCCGACUACGAACGCAGUGCUCGCACUAACGAAGCCCGUGCUAACGAAUUGAGCGCCAAGUACAAUACGGUCCUGUCGGAACGUAAGAAAGCUCAAGAUGAGCUGAAGGAGCUGGAGAAAGAGAUUGGUCGCCUGAAGAAACAGCUCGAAACGCUGCGUAAGAACCUUGAAGAGGAAACGUUGGCUCGGGUCGACCUAGAGAACACCGUGCAAAGUCUGCGCGAAGAGUUGACCUUCAAGGACCAGGUGCACCAGCAGGAGCUCACCGAAACCAAAUCCCGCCGCCAGGUGGAGAUCAGCGAAAUCGAUGGAAUCCUAUCGGAGCAGUACGAAGCCAAGCUGCAGCAAACUCUCCAGGAGCUGCGCGAUCAAUAUGAUGGCCAGCUGCGCGGUAAUCGUGAAGAGAUCUCGGAUCUGUACGAGUCUCGCAUGCGCGAUCUGGAGAUACAGUUGAACAUCGAACGGCAACGCCAUGCCGAAGAAAAGAGUAAACUGAUGGACGAAAUCGAACGUUUGCGCAAGGAAAUCUCGCUGCAGUUGCAGGAAUACCAAGAUCUGAUGGAUAUCAAGAUUUCGCUGGACAUGGAAAUCGCUGCGUAUGACAAGUUGCUGUCAUCGGAAGAGGUCCGGCUUAACAUCACGCCCGGCAGCCAGAGUGCCGUUUUCCAGACAUCGUCCAGCUCCACCGCCGGACGUUCCGCAGCCCUUCGUCGUACCCCACAGCGUGCGGGUGCCAAACGCAAGCGUACAGUGCUGGAGGAAUCGGACGAGCGCAGUAUUUCGGACUACUCAGUCACUUCCUCGGCAAAAGGCGACAUUGAGAUCGCCGAAGCUGAUCCCGAAGGAAAGUUCGUAAAGCUUCACAACAAAUCGGCAAAGGAAGUACAAAUCGGUGGCUGGACGUUGCUGCGCAAGGUUGGCACUAAUGAAACUUUGUUCAAAUUCCACCGAACAGUGAAGGCUGACGGUGGCGCAUUUGUGACCGUGUGGUCUUCCGAUCUGGGCCAAACGCACGAUCCACCAAGCACGAUUGUCAUGAAAGGCCAGAAGUGGUUCUGCGGCGAUAACAUGACCACCCAACUGCUGAACACUGACGGCGAGGAAAUGGCAGCGUCAGAACGUGUCAAGCGCGUCGUGUCUACUGCCGCAUCACGCCACCGUGAAUACCUCGGUUCUUACAGCGGAGAAGAGCUGUAUCACCAACAGGGGGAACCUAAGGGCGAGGAAAAAUGUCGCAUCAUGUGAGAGUAAGGAGCACCCGUGGAGCGGCAUUCAGUGUAAAGUUUGCCUGUUACAAUUCAAAUUUGUAUCUUCGACAACAACAAACAACACACCUUACAGAAAUAUUUACGGACAAAACCGCGUGCCACGGGACUGCUCCGCAGCACGCACUACAGGAUAAGUAUAGAAAGCAGUUUACUACCGAUUAAAGCUAUUACUUACUACUAUUACUAACACCAACAAUCGUACAACUGAGAAGAACCGUUACUGCAAACAGAACAGACAGCGUACGAUAAGUUUCGGUCCCCCAUCACCAUGUAUUUUAGGUAAUCCUGUUCCGAUGAACAGUCAGAAGAUGAACAUUAACUAUAUUCAAUCAACAGUGUUAAAAUGUAACAAACAUCUAGGACAUAAUCUUUGCGCCACAUCAGAGAUCGCUUAAACAAAAGCAUAUAGUAAUAUCUUUCGUAGACAACUUUGUGUUUAGUGUGCGAGUAUCGAAUAAAUUUUGAUUGCUUGAGAGAAGAGAGAAACCAGUAAUGCCAUACUUUGCAGUUAACGAAAAGCGAAAACAGUCAGUUUCCUAAGCACCUAUUAUAUUAUUCGAUUCCUCUGCCGUUUUAUAGAAUGUGACCACCAUCUAGCUUCUAACAGGGUAAGCCGAACAUUACAUUUUGAAUCAAUAAAGUUACUAUUUAGCGUGUAAUACACAAACAAAAUCGAAUUAGCUUACCGUUCGAGAUAAACCAGAGUCUGGUUAAGCAUUUGCCUUUCUUUAAAAGUAACUUGGUGUGUUUUGCACCGUUGAAAAUCGAAAGAAACACAGUUUCCUGAUCAUGUGUCUUCUGUUUCCAGCUUUCGAAAAUGCUGGUCUGAAUGUCUGUUUUGUUUUUUGAGAGAAAAAAGAGACAAAUCAUCUAAAUGCAUUUCUACCUUGUGUUUAUCUGUGUGAAAGUCGUAACCAGGAGAGGAUAUAUUUUUAAGAUAAGAAAAAUCAAUUUAUACCGAAUCAAGUUACGGAAUGAUCAAACACGUACGCGUAGUCGGCAGCAGCUUUCCCCCCAGAGUAGAUGUUAAUUUGUUAACACAAUACCACACAUUCAUUCUAAACAAUCGGAAAGGAAAUUCGUCACCAAAUCGUAUAAGGUUACACCAUUUAUUUUGAGUAGAAGAUUUUCGUUUAUUUAAUUAGCGUUUGAAUCAUCGUACAUAUGAGAAGAAAAAAAACUGCAGUGCCCAAUUUCCUUUAUAUCGUACCGUUUUUUUUAAUUCAUGAGAAAAUUUUAAAAUAAACCAAAA